ACAGUUAACAGUGUUGGACCGACAUGCAACAGGAGAACAAUCUACUGCCUUCACUCAGGGACUGACCCCUGGUCCAUUACUGCACAAAACAGCAGGACUGAGAGGAAAAUCUCCAAGAUUUUUUCCAAAGUUUAGGUUUGUUAUAAAGAACAAGAAUCAUGGAGGAUUCCAGAAGAAGCAGAUGUAACAGCCUUGAUACCGCCUCCCUGUUUGACAAGGAUGCGCUGAACCAUGGUGAUUUUGUAACCUUUGACCCUGAAGCCUCUGAGCCUCUGAUUGGCCAUGAGCCCACACCAGCAGAGGUGGCUCAGUGUGAAGCAGAAGUCAGUAGCCUGCUAAGCAUCAUCGCUGAACUGAACAAGAAGAUGGGGUCGCUAAAGGCUCCGAGGGUUUACUCUUUCAGUGAACCAGGAGACAUGAGACCACCACGUCCAUCCAGACCUCUGGUUCCUCCAGACCUUCUGUCUCACCGGCUGCUCAGAAGCAGCCCAGACAGCAGCUCUGCUUCUGCCGUCACAUCUAAACAUCCAGUGACUGACCAAGGGGGCGGUGUCGUUGUCUGGACACAACUGCAGAAGGUUUUAUCAUCAGUGGAGGACUCCAUCAACUUCAGGAGGAUCUGGGCUGCUCCAAUCACAGCCUCUGAUCUAAACAAAGACACAGAGCACCUGAGAGCUGCUCAGGAGAACUGGACUAAAGCCACCCAGAUGCUGGAGGAAAUGGAGAGAGACUUUGGGAUUUCAUGUUCUUUGGGAAUACCAAAGGACCAGAACCUGGAGGACUUACUGGAUCUGGGAAAACAUGAGUGUGUCCCUAGGAACAAUGUGCAGAGUCACAACGAAGAGCUGCACAGAGCUCAAAGCAAUGCUUACUCUCUGGAAGAGGAGAAAAACAAGCUGGUUGGUCUUCACAAGGCCUGGAGGUCUGACAGAUAUUCUCCUUCAUACCGGCCUCCUUCAGGGGCUCUUAGUCCAGACCGACCACCUCCUUCCUACCCUGGCUCACCUUUACUCCACAGAAGUACAUCCCGAGCUACAACACCUCUGUCUUUGGCUGGGGACGAGUCUCCACUGGGCUCCGUCACUUCGAGCAGCCCGUGUCCCUGCCCAUUCAGCCAGGAGUCAGAGACAGAGCGACUGAACAGAUGCAUUGAGAGGCUAAAGGCCAGAAACGAACGUCUGACUGUGGCUCUGGAGCGAAGGAAAGCAGAUUCGGAGCAUACCAGUAUGAAACUGAACAGACUGGAGUCUGACUGCUCCGCCCUGCAGAUGGCUCUGAGAUACUGUCAGGAGUGUGAGGAGGCCUACGGCGAGCUGAUGUUGCUUUAUGAAGCCAAGAUGCAGCAAAGCUUCCCUCUGCAGACACACUCAGCAGAGCCAAUGUGUGACAUACAGAUGGACGAUCCAUCAGCUCAGAACCCGGAGUUGGUAACUGAGGAGUUAUCCACUUCCUUCUCUACAGCUGGGAUCACAGAAGAGACACAAAGUCAUAUGAGGCAGAGAACUCCAGAAAUGGCAGAUCGGGAAGCAACUCUCCGACAGCAAAUUGAGCAACUGAAGAAGGAACGGGCAGCCAUUUGUCUACCAAAACCAGGUCCAGGAGCAGAGGUCAACCUGAGCUCAGAAACUGGUCAACAAGCUGGUACCAGAUGGGGCCACAUGAUGAAGGAUAACACCAGGCCUCAUGAGAGCAAGAGGGAGAAAGCUUCGCUGUUUUACGAACUGAUCUCAGUCAGGGAGGAGAUGUCAGAUCUUCGAGCUUUAAUCCGCCUAAAGGAGAAAGAGCUGCGAUGUCUCGAAUGGAGUGUAAUGGGACAGAAGUCCCAGGAAGGAGCUAGAGCAUUCAUCCCAGAAAAUCUCAGAGAGGAGGCAGAAGAUCGGAAGACUGAACAGAGGUUUGGUGAGAAUGCUGCUAAGGCUGUUUGCGAUGGCGAAAUCACAAGUUCUCUGACCCGGCCCAUUCUGAAAGAGCUGCAGGUGGUCCUACAGAGGGAACAAGUCCUGAAGAGGAGGCUGGCCAUGGUCCACGACUCCCUGAGCACAGCUCUCUCAGACAGCUCCCUCCACAGGAAGGAUAACGCUGAGCAGAUUGCUCGCCUCACACAGGCGCACAGUAAAGCCUUGAGUUCCUACAGGCAGAUUCGCAGAAAGUAUCAGGAACAGGUGUGGAGGCUGGAGCAGAAGGUUGCAGCCAUGAUGGAGAGUCAACACAGCCAGAGUGAAGCAGCCAAAGCUACAGGGGAAGGAUUGGAGUUGAGGAGGGAAGAGACUGUUUUAUAAGUCAAAGAUAGCUCAGUUAAAGAAUCAGUCAUAGUGAAGAAGCUCUUCACAUCAGCUGGUUGUGCAAAUCUGAUGUAUAAAUCAUGCUUUUACAAAAACAUUGUUCUUAUAUUUUGCAUAUGUAAAUACUUGCAGUAUCCCUAUAAAUAUUUGCAAUACUAUGGCUAGCCUUAAAAUAAAUGACUAAUUAUUGCAAAUAAUUAUUCUUUAUAAAUCAGAGGUGCCAAACUCAA